AGUCCGUGCAAAAAUAUACAGAAUAAAAAAGAAUCAGCUUUAAUAAGCCUGUGUCAAAUUUUAACUCCUCCAAAUAAAAGUGAAAUUAAUUAAAUAAAUUAAUUCAAUUAAAACUUUAAUUCAAAUAUAAAUAAAACUAUUAUGGAUAAGGUAAAUGAACUUAAGGAAAAAGGUAACAAAGCCUUAAAUGCAGAAAAUUUUGCUGAGGCUAUAGCCGCAUACACAGAAGCCAUUGGUCUAGAUGGCUCAAAUCAUGUUUUAUACAGUAACCGUUCUGCUGCCUUUGCAAAAGCCGGACAGUUUGCCGAAGCUCUGGAUGAUGCCGAGAAAACUAUAUCAUUGAAUCCCUCUUGGGCCAAGGGUUAUUCACGUAAAGGUGCAGCUGCGUCAGGUUUAGGAGAUUUUAUGAAAGCAUUUGAGGCUUACAACGAAGGUCUCAAAUAUGAUCCUUCAAAUGCUAUACUGCUGCAGGGACGUCAAGAAGUCACUGCCGCCGUAUUGCAACAUAUGCAACAGCAAGGCAUGGGAACGCCCAUGGAUGUAGAUCCACCUACAACCAAAUCAACUAGCUCAAAAUCAGAAGGUCAGAAAAACCCCGAACCCGCAAAGCCAGCUGAACCAAAUGUGGAUGAAAUGACCGAAGAUGAACGUAAAAAAUAUUUGGCUAAAAAAGAAAAAGAAGCUGGUAAUGCAGCUUAUAAGAAAAAGGAUUUCGAAGUAGCUCUUAAACACUAUAACGCUGCUUUAGAAUUAGAUCCUACAGAUAUUACAUACUACAACAAUAUUGCCGCUGUACAUUUCGAACGUAAAGAGUUUGAAGAAUGUAUUAAAACCUGUGAAAAGGGUAUUGAAAUCGGCCGUGAAAAUCGUGCUGAUUUCAAACUGAUUGGUAAGGCCUUUGCACGUAUUGGUAAUUCGUAUAGGAAAAUGGAAGAUUAUCACAAAGCUAAGACCUACUAUGAAAAAGCCAUGUCCGAACAUCGUACGCCUGAGGUGAAAACUUCGCUGAGCGAAGUAGAAAAGAAAAUUAAGGAAUUAGAACGAAAGGCCUAUAUCGAUCCAUCGAAAGCCGAAGAAGAAAAGGAAAUGGGUAAUGAAUUGUUUAAAAAGGGAGACUACAGCACUGCCGUUAAACAUUAUUCCGAAGCCAUUCGACGCAAUCCCGAUGAUCCUAAAUUGUACAGUAAUCGGGCGGCUUGUUAUACCAAGUUGGCAGCCUUCGAUCUGGGCUUAGAGGACUGCGAAAUGUGUAUUAAAUUGGAUGAUAAAUUCAUUAAGGGCUACAUACGUAAGGGUAAAAUUUUGCAAGGCAUGCAAAAGAACUCAAAAGCAUCGGCAGCAUUCCAAAAAGCCUUAGAAUUGGAUGCUAAUAAUGCUGAGGCGUUAGAAGGUUAUCGUGCUUGUGCUCUUAAUUUGCAGCGCAAUCCCCAAGAGGUGUUGAAGAAUGCUAUGAAUGAUCCUGAGGUGCAACAAAUUCUGAAAGAUCCCGCUAUGCGUUUGAUAUUGGAGCAAAUGCAAAACGAUCCAAAUGCAGUUAAAGAACAUUUACAAAAUCCUGCGAUAGCUGACAAGAUAAUGAAGCUAAUGGAAUCCGGUGUUAUACAAAUUCAUUAAAAGUCCAUUAUUAAAAUAUCAAAUUUCCAAAAAAAGCACUUUGCUGAAAAAACAUAAAAUACAAUAAUAACAAAACAACUCCAUCUUUAAAACAAAUAGAAUUUGUUUACAAAAUUCAACGUUUUUUUGAUUUCAAGACCAAAAGUUAUUUAAUUUUGUUUCUUUUUUUUCUAAAUUAUGUUACAACAAACAUGUUUAAAUUUGAUUAUUUUUCUAUAAUUUUUAUAAAAUUUUUUAAGAUAAUUUUUAAGUAGGGUAUUUCGAAUUCCAAUACAAUACAAAACAAAAAAGGCUCGUUCUACCGAAUAAUUUUGAUAUUUAUUUGUGGUAUUUUUUUUAUUUGCUUAAUUAAUAAUUUCGACAUUUCUGGGAAUUUGUUUUUACACUAAUAAGCUUAUCAAAAAUACUACAAACAAAAGAAAUACUGCUUUAAACUUACAAACAAAAGAACAACAAAUCUACUUAAUACUAAAACCUACACAUUAACAAUAAAGAUAUUGUUUAAUUAUAAAUAUAUAUAUUAAAGAAACUACAAUAAACUAUUUCACAAGUGAAAAAUAUAUAUAAA